AUGUUUUCUUUUGAGGAUGUUCCUACUUGCUCUUUAAUGUUAAAAGCACUUGUUGGUCAUGACUUAUGGCGUUUGGCAAUUAGCCUGUGGUCAUGGAACCCAAAUGACGCAGUUGGGGAGUCUUUGAUUGAUGAGUUAGUGUCAAAUAACCUGUGGGAGCAGUCAAUAAGUGUUCUUCAUCAGAUUAUUGCGAAGGAAAAUGUUUCUGGGGAUUCCAAAAAAAUAGAAAAAAAUGAUAUUGCAGAGGCGGAUGAUGUGGACAAUGAGGUAGUUUUGGCGUUAAAUGACGCAAUUAGGCUAGCAAAUGAUCCGACAUUUAUCCCCGCUGAAGAAAAACGUCGUCGAGGGUCUAUACCUCAUCUUGUAAACUCAAUGCUUCCAUUGAAGUGUCAGUGGCAACAUGCCAUUUCCGUUUUGGCUCGUCUAAGUGAGCGUGAUAUAUCUUUAGAGACGCGAAAGGAAAUCUUGGAUGUUGCCGCUGCUCGUUCAGCUUACCAAGGUGGAAAUUUAGUUGAUACAUUUCGUUGGAUUAAAGAAAGUGAGCACGUUUGGCACUCAAAAUCAUUACAGCGAACUUUUUUCCGUUGUGCCUUUGCCCUGGAAAGUUAUGAGGAUGCUAUUUCCAUCUUGGAGGUUCUGAGUAAAGAAGGGGUGGAAGAGAUUCCAGCAGUUGGUCUACAAGACUUUUGCAAAUGUUUUAUUCGAGAAUAUAACCAGGGAAGGUGCGUGGAGCUUUUAGAUCGUUUCGCAGUGGUUAUUUUGAGGUGUGCAUCGCGCAUAUAUUCUGAAGAAACAAGAGCACAACUAAGGGAUUUUUUUCGGAGUAAUGCCGUUGACACAACUGUACUAGAUGUUGUGGACCUACUGGAACGUACAAGAGGAACAACUCUGGUUUUUGGUGAGAGAUCGCUUUUGGAAGACAUUCCGACAACUGCAACUGAUAUUGACAGUGCUGCGACUGCCUUGCUUCAUAAAGGGCAUUGGAAGGCCUCAUUGGAACUUUUUGGCAGGCUUGUGGAGACCAAACCGCUUAACAAAAAAGAGGAGAUUCUAAUUGAGGCAGCUCGAGCUUCGUUGGGUAGCUGGAGGACGGCCAUCCUUUUUAUCGCGUAA